AUGGCUACUACUAUUUCACCAAAUGAUAAAAUUUAUACAAGCGCCGAUAAUCAGUAUCUUGAAAUUUUCUGUCUUAUUUGGCUCGAUACUAAUGUGAAUUCUAAAGAUAUUCGAAAGACAGAACAAAAACUACGUACUGUUAUUAAUCGUUUUAAAAAAUUUCAAGAUGUAGAAGAAUGUAAAAGAUAUAUUGAACAACGAUCUCAACAAGAUCGACUAAUAGUCAUUGUUAGUGGUCAAUUGGGACGACAAAUAGUCCCUUCUAUUAAUACACUUCGACAAGUUAUAUCGAUCUAUGUUUACUGCAUGGAUAAGCAAAGAAACAAAGAAUGGGCUGACAAAUUUUCAAAAGUGAAAGAUGUUGUUGUUGGACUUGAUGAACUUAUUGCUCGAAUUAAAGCUGAUCAUACGACUCAGAAAAAGGUGGAUGAACCAUUAUCAAUUAAUAUUUUUAAUACUGAGUUUGGAAAAAGUAAAUCAACAAGUAGUGUAAACGGUAAAUUUAUUUUUUCUCAAGUUCUCAUCGAUUGUCUUCUACGACUAAAAUCCACUGAAACAGAUAAAACGGAACUUAUUGAUCGUUGUAAACAACAAUAUCAAGGUAAUAAGAUCGAGUUGCAGAAUAUUGAUGAAUUUGAAAAGACAUAUUCACCUGAAAAAGCCUUAUGGUGGUACUCACGAGAAUCGUUCUUUUACAACACUCUUAAUGCCGUUCUACGCAACGAAAAAACUCAUUGGAUUUUUUUAUUUCGCUCAUUUAUCUCUGAUAUCUAUCAUCAAUUAAAAACUAAUCAAGUUACACAUAAUCUAAAAGUUUAUCGAUGUCAGAUGAUGUCAAGUAAUGAACUGCAAACUUUGAAACAAUCAAUUGGCCAAUUUAUUUCAGUGAAUUCAUUUUUGUCCACUAGUACUGAUUGUGAAACAGCUCUUUCAUUCAUUAAUGUUCGUUAUGGCAAAGAUAAUUUAGAACCAGUAUUAUUUGAAAUCAAUGCCGAUCCUAAGAUAACUACAACAAAACCAUUUGCAGAUAUCAGUAAAUAUAGUGAAUUUAAUCAAGAAUCCGAAGUACUCUUUAUGCUUGGUUCUAUUUUUCGCUUGAAUUCUAUCAAUCGCAGCAGUGAUAACCAACCAUGGAUCCUCAAAAUGACUUUUUGUAGUGAGAAUGAACAUGAUUUAAAACAAGUUCUCAAGCAUAUGGAACAGCAAUUAGGGAGUACAGAAACAAAUCUUCGAACGUUAGGAAGAGUGGUGUGGAAACUGGGAAAACUUGACUUAGCUGAGCAAUAUUUAACUCGCUUUCUGAAAGAACUUCCACCAAACGAUCCUUUAAUCGGUAAUUUAUAUGAGGAGCUGGGCGAAUUAGCAUCACAGGAUCGUGACUACGAGAAGAGCGUACAAUGGCAUCACAAAGCUAUCGCCUUCAAAAGCAAACAGGAGGCAGCUAUCCUUUCUGCUUCUAGUGCACCAAAGAAACCUAUUGGUAAGGUCAUCUAA